AUGAGAAUAAAUUUCUUCAAAGAAAAAAACAAGAUUAUAUUAAAUAAGAGCCUUAACUUUGAUUCAGAUAAUACUUUUUCGAAUGAAAAUCCUGAGUCAAAUAAAUGUUUAGCUUCCAUUAGUGAUGAUGAACAUGAUCAUUAUGGAUUUGAGAAAAAUAAAGAAUCCAAUUCUGCGAAGAAUAUUGAUAUUGAAGCACUAGAAAAGAGAAAGAGGAAAAUUGAAAAAAAAUGGGAACAAUAUUUUGAAGUUAAGAGAGAUAUAAAAAAAAAUCACUAUUUAAAAAAACUAAUUCGAAAAGGGAUCCCCGAUAAGUAUAGAAUGAAUAUAUGGCCUUAUCUUUUGGGUAGUGUUGUUUUAUAUACAAAGUACCCAGCAAUAUACGAAAGAUGCUUAAAUAGUGAUAUCGAACCGAAAGUUCUUAGUCAGAUUGAAUUGGACAUGCUUCGGACUUUUCCGCAUAAUAAAAACUAUCAAUUAAACGCGCAAGGGCUAACUAAACUGAGAAAUGUGUUACGUGCAUUUGCCAUAUAUAAGCCAAAAAUAAAUUAUUGCCAGAGUAUGAAUUUUAUCGCGGCUAUUACUUUAUUAUUUUUAAAAGAAGAAUUAGCAUUUUGGUCUAUAGUCCAAUUAAUUGAUUCAGAUUAUUCGCACAAAAAAAUAAACAUUAGUGACUAUUAUAAUCACGAAAUGAAAGGAUUACGAAGAGAUAUUAUUGUUAUAGAAGAAUUAAUUAAAAUAAAAUUCCCGAAUGUCUAUGAGCAUAUGAAAGAACAUGAUGUUGAAGUAUCUUGGAUAUGCUCAGAGUGGCUCUUGUGCUUAUUUUGCACAGCCUUUCCGAUUGCAACUACCUUACGAAUUUGGGAUUGCCUGUUCUAUGAGGGCGAUAAAAUUAUUUUCCGAAUUGUUCUAGCUCUAUUUAAAAUCAACCAAGAAAAAUUAAUUAAUUCAAAUUCAUUAGAAUCCAUCUUAUAUUUAUUUAAAGAAUCUACUAAAAAUAUGGUGGAACCUGAUAAAUUAAUGCAUAUCGCUUUCAAGGAAAUAGGCUCACUAAAAAAAAAAAAAAUUAAAAAAUUAAGGAUGAAAGCUGAUGAUAUUCUUAAGAAAGCUGUCCCUUAA